CUAUAUUCUAUUUUAUGUGCAAAAUCACUUUCCUGUGUUUUUCUGCUUAAUUUUUUUUGUGCCACUUUUUGUUUACAUGGUCACCGCCUAUUUUGCAUAGCUUCACCGUCUUUUACUUUGUUUCAGGUUGUCACUGUUACUAUUUUAUUGUUACUGAAGUUCGCAUCUUUUCAGAUCUAUUUUCGAAGCUCGUCUAUUUCUAAGUUUAUGUCUUCCAGAUCCAUUCUCCUCUUUUUUUUUUUUUAUUAGAUCUGUUGCGGUGAUAUAUUGAUUAAUUUUUCUUGUGCCUAAAGGUAUUGUUUAGAUCUAUUGUUUGAAUAUAUAUUAUAUAUGAUAUUUAAAUUUGUAAGUAUGUUAAUUUUGAUGUUGACCAGUGAUGAUAGGUUUUUUUUUUUUCAAUUUUUUUCAGUUCAGUAUCAAGUUAAAAAUAGGGUUGAUUCUCUUAUUUUGAAAUUCUAAACUAAAAUAUAUUGUGUGAAUGUGUGUUCGAUUUGUGAUAAUACAGGAAAGAAUUAUCAACAGGGUCAAGGAAACAGGCGAAACGAAGGAAGAAUGAGAUGACUACUAUUUCAUCAAUUUCUGGCACUGAUAAUAAUAAUGUUUUUCGAAAAUGUUUCUUCUUCAGUUGCUGGCCCUAGGGAUCAUAUAGAGGCUUCUAUCAUGCUCCCAAUUAACAAUAAUAACGCUGGUGCUGAAAUAAUUUACAUCAGUGACGAAGAACCAGAUCUUGAAUCAUCAUUGUCAGAGGUCAACAUUAAUUCUGCCCCUUCAAUUUUAUCAACAACGGAACAAACCAAUCAACCUGCCUCAAAUCUUUUAACAUUACAAAGAAAUUUGGGAAUCAACACCGCCAACAACAACCACCAACAAGAUGGUGUGUCACUCGAUUUAUCCUUACACCAGUUUGGCGGUGAUGGUGGUGGCAGCUCUUCUACUAUGGAUGUCACCGAUGGCGGCACUGGUGGUGGUGGUGGUGGAGGUGGAGAUGGUCUCUUGAUGAGGGUUUUCAACAAUACUUCUACUAGGCGUAUCAUGCCUAUGAAAAGAACUGCACCUGAUUACGCUCACCGAGAGUUUACGGUGGGUGAGAGCUCAAGUGACGGUGGUGCUGCUGGUGGUUCUGUUGCUCAACCUAUGGCAGCCCCCAAGCGCCGCCCCAUCGCAAAUGAAAAUGAGGCUGUGCGCAUUUCAUCAUCAUCAUCUAAUACCUGCACUUGUACUCCUUCUCCCACUUGCCCUCUCCAUGCUUCCACCAAUAAUAAUAUUACUUCAUCUUCCAGGGAACAACGCCAUGAAACUGCUAACAACAACAACAACCCCCAAAAUGUUGUUCGUGUUCCUUCUAGUUUGUCGCCAAUUUCUGAGAUGCAACGAGCUCUUCAGUCUGGUAGCUUUCAAGUCCUUCAACCUACUACUACUACUCCUCCUCCUCCUCCUAACAACAACAACAACAACAACAACAACGCAACACAUGGUAUUCUGCAACUUGAUGAUGGUUCCUUUAUUUACCCGCAACCUGUUUUUGAUAGUAGCCACCACCACCAACUCCACCAUGGCCAUCAACGUUAUUUCUCCUCUACUGACACUUCUCCAUUCCGCCCAGCCUCAAUCAAUCACAUGGAAAAUCUUCCUCAUCAUCAGUACGCCGGUUCUUCGUCUUCGUCUCCUUCCCCUCUUCCUUGCAGCACUGUGAUUAGGCCAAGGGCUAUUCCCUCUGUGUCUCUCCCUCACCGAGUUGGAGGAAGUAAUAGAGAAUCUGACACCGGAAACAACUAUUCUUCUGGAAGGGGAAUAAUCACUGUGACUCACAAUCGUGGAAACUCAUCAUCAUCAUCAACACAGCUAGUGGAAAGCCUUGUACAAAACGCUGGUACCCCUUCUGCAUUUCAGCACCUGUCGGACGCUGCUCUUGCAUGGAUUGGAAGGCUGAACUCUCACGACGCGACCUUGACGAGAAUGUCAUCAUCUUCUACCACUGAUAAUACUCAUCACAGGCCAUUGCAAGCUUCUGCUAUUGCUGAGGAGGCCUAUAAUUUGCCUACUUAUUUUGCUGAUGAUUCAAGAAGGCUUAGAAGAGAGAGCCGCAGUGCCAUUCAACAUCUGCCUAAUGGAGACUCCGUUCGACUCGAGGAGCUUUUAAUCCUUGAUUACUCCAACUUGCUUGCCAGCAUUGAGGAGGAGGAGGAUGCGAAUUUGCCGCAAUAUGAGCCUCUGGCAGACGGGCAGCGAGUGACGAACCCUGAUUUAAGACUGACGGAAACUGAGGUUGCAGCAUGUAUUGGGCGGGAAAUUUUCCAAACUGUUGAUGAGCAGCCUCAGAACAUUGAUGCAUGCGGCAUAUGUCAAGAGGACUAUGUUCACGGUGAAGAGCUUGGGAGAUUGGAUUGUGCGCACAGAUAUCACCUUUCUUGCAUCAGGCAGUGGUUGCUCAUCAAGAACAGAUGCCCCGUUUGCAAGAAAAUGGCUCUCACCAUCAUAGACUUGAGGAUGACGAGGAACAUGCCAUGAGUUUAUGAAAUUAUAUCAAAUCAAUCUUAAAUAGAAGAAUUUCAGUGUCUUAAGUUCUUCUGUUAAUUAGAUUUUAAUUUGAUCUAAUUUUAUAAAUUUAUCAUGCUAAUAAUAGUCAAUUUAGAUUCUUAUAUAUUUGUUGUAAUAUCACUUAAUGUGCCAUAUUAAUAAAUUUUGGCGCUGUCAAUAAA